UUAAAGUACAUUGUAUAAUUGAGAUUCUUACAUUUAAUAUAGUUUUACUAAGUAUCAUAAAAAUAGUUUUCAAUCAAAUUCAAAACUUUCUUAAAAACAAAACAUGUUCACUUUCAAGAAAAAAGAUUCUGGCUGUCAAAACAGAAAAAAUGCGGCAAAUAGGACAGCAAAUGAGCAAAAAAAUAAACGUACGCUCGAAGAUUGUGGUAUCCAAGUUAAAAAAAAUGACGGGGAUAGGCCUACAGUUUCCAGAUUGAUAUCUAUAAAUUCCUCUCAAUCACGUCAAGCUUUUGGAAUAGAUAGCUUUGAAAACGAUUCUUGUAAAAUUUUGUUGAACUCAGAAGAACCACUUCCUCCUUCGAGUGGCACGUUGGCAAUAUCGGCAACAAGAGUUGAAAAUGAAAACAAUAUUUUGGUAAAAUUUGCUUCGCAAAGAUUUUUUAAUUAUUUUUGUGAAUUUGUGAAAAUUAUAUACUUAUUAAAAUCUUUAUUUAAAUUAUUAGCAUAAAGAUAAAUUUGGAUGAGGCAAUUACUGCAAAGGAUCCUGCUUUGUGGGCUGAAAAUAUGUCCAAAGUAGAACGCGAUGCAGUUGUUCUUCAGGGGCCCCCUAAAAAUCCUUUAUCUUUUCCGAGAGACUCAAACAAGAUUAAGGUUCCUGAAUCAGUUUUCCACGAAAUAACUCGUAAUGGGGAGAAAAUAAACAGAGAUUGGCUUGUUUGGAGUGCAACUUCAAAAUCAUUUCUUUGCUUUCCGUGCUCACUUUUCGGAAGCAAACAAGCCUGCGGGGCUGGUAAUAAUUCACAUCUUCUACGUUGGAAUGGUGGCAUCAAUGGAAACUGGAGAAAGCUAGCUGAAAAAGUAAAAGGCCACCAAAACAAUCCUCCCCAUCGAGACAAUUACAUUAAGUGGAAAACAGCGCUGGAAAGCUUGGGAAAUCAAUGUGGGAUUGAUUCAAGUUUAGAAAAAUUGAUAAGAAAUGAGGCAGCCAGGUGGCGUGAAAUUUUAAAGUGCAUUUUAGAUGUAAUUCUCUUCUUAGCAUCACGCAACCUUAGCUUCAGAGGCUCAUCAAAAAUGAUCGGUGAUGACGAUAACGGCAACUUUCUUGCAACUCUAGAGCUACUUGCAAAGCACAACAAGACUCUUCAGUUACAUCUAGAAGAGGUUUCUCGCUGCCAACAAGAAGGUAAACAAAUUAUUGCGCAUUAUUUGGGUUGGAGUUCUCAAAAUGAAUUUAUAAAAGAGUGCGGAAGAAUCGUCUACGGUGCCAUCAUUAAAGAGGCGCAUAUGGCAAUUUACUAUUCUAUUCUUGUCGAUGGAACGCCUGACGUCUCUCAUACAGAGCAAAUUGCAUUUGUUCUCCGCUUUGUCUAUUAUGGUAUUGAUAAAAAAUGGGUAGUUAAGGAGCGCUUUCUUGGGGUCUCGAUAAAAAGAAAGGUGUGGAUAUUGCUAAGCUAAUUAUAGAUGUCUUAAAUCAAAAUGACAUUGAUCUGAAGAACUGUCGAGGUCAGGGAUAUGAUAACGGUGCUAAUAUGUCUGGUGUGUACAAAGGAGUACAAGCGAUCAUUCUUCAGAGAAAUCCUCAAGCUUUCUACAUGCCAUGCAGCACUCAUAACCUUAAUUUAGCUGGUGUUCAUUCACUUGAAUCUUCUGUAGAAAUGAAGAACUAUUUCGGUCGUAUUCAGUUACUCUACAAUCUUUUUAGUGGAAGCCCUAUACGAUGGAAAAUCUUGACCGAGACAACUGGUUUGUCUCUACAUCAAACUUCACAAACCCGAUGGAGUGCACGCAUUGAGGCUGUGAAGCCUUUGGUUAAGCGACCCAGAGAAAUUCUUUUAUCUUUGCAGAAACUUCGUGAUCUUGAUUUAACUGCUGAUCUAUUGAUUGACGUAAAAUCUUUAGAGAAAUGGAUUCAGUCAUUUGAGUUUAUUAUCAUGACAACCUUCUGGUUCAAAGCGCUGCAAGCAAUAAACUAUGUCAGCGUGUCAUUUCAAUCAGAAAACAUUACUUUAGAUGAUGAGAUGAAACUUAUGAAGAUUCUUAUUGAGGAUAGACUUAGAUCUUCUUGGCCCGAAUUAAUUAAUGAAGCACAUUUAGUUGCCUCCGGUCUAGCUAGUUAUAGGUUUCAGUCAAAACUAGUUCAAAAAAGGACAAGAAAGAGGAAAACAUUUUACGAAGAAACAAGGAACGAAGUUCAUUUCUUAGAAAACGAUGAAAAACAGUUUGAGGUGAAUGUAUUCAACACCGCUCUCGAUACAUUAAUUCAACAAAUAAAAGACAGAUUUCAAGCUGCAGAAAAGACAACUAACAGUUUUUCUUUUCUAUGGCUCUCAGAAUCUAAUAGUAGGUCGAGUGAGGAAAAAGAAAUUGAACAACCUAGCCUGGAGGAAAAAUGUAAAACUUUGACGCAAAUGUAUGUGAACGAUGUAGAUGAAGACAAACUUAUUUUAGAGGUCCGUCAUCUGGAUACUCUAAAGCGUGCCAAUCUUUUCGGUCCAAAAGAAUAUCUCACUUCAAUGAAACUAUUAAAUGGAAUUUAUCAAAAAGGUCUAGAGUCUAUCUUCGAAUCAACAUGCAUUUUAUUACGUAUUUUUAACACAAUUCCCGUUUCCAUCGCCGAAGGAGAGCGGUCUUUCAGCAAGCUUGGUCUAGUCAAGACAACACUAAGAUCUACAAUGAGUCAAGACCGGCUUACCAAUCUCUUAGUUAUAUCUAUUGAGCACGAUCUAGCAAAAAGUCUGUGCUUCGACGAGGUCAUUGAAAAUUUUGCUUUAAAUAAAGCACGGAGAGUCAAAUUCUUAUAAAGCAUUUAAAAUAUCUAUUACAUUUAAAAUUUACAGUUGCUCGCAAUAUAAUAAAGUUAAUUUGUCAA